AUGAUGCUGUCCAAUAGCAACGGUCUAAGGAUGGAGAUUAUUACCGAACCAUGGUUUCCGGAGGUCAUACAGCAUCUUCGUCAAACGUUCUUUGCCGACGAACCAUUAAACAAGGCCGUAAACUUGUGUCGUCCCGGUGACGGGCAUACGCUGCUCGAAAAACACAGCCUCUCGAGCCUUCGUGACGGUAUUAGUGUCAUGGCAAUCACAAACAGUGGAGAGAUAGCUGGUGUCGUCGUUAAUGGGAUUCUGCAUGGCAAUGAGGAUACGGGCCGCGCACUGGACCGGUUGGCCGAGAUGGAUGAUGAAAAAUUUCGCAAAAUUUUCACCCUGCUGUACGAGGAAAAUCUCAAGAUUGACUUGUUCGGGCAGUUUUCGGUGGAGAGCAUUUUUGAAAUACGCAUCCUGUCGGUUGAUUCAAAAUUUCGUGGUCAAGGAUUGGCGAAAGAGUUGAUGAGAAAAAGUGAAGAAGUUGCUCGCGCUAAUGGAUUUAGGAUAAUGAAAACCGAUGCAACCGGUUUGUUCUCCCAACGGGUGGCCACUUCACUCGGGUUCGUUACCAGACACGAGGUCAAGUACGACGACUAUCUCGACCAGGAUGGACAUCCGGUGUUUCAUGUUGGUGAGCCGCAUGAUCGAUUAAAAAUUAUGUACAAAGCACUGUGUUAA